UUCCAGGACUAAACAUACGUCACUGACAUUCUAAGCGAGCGAGGCAAUUCCAAGAUCCAUUCUCCAGCUUUCCCAUCUUUUUAAAUGUAAAUGCGUAACCUUUACCCCUCUUCCAAGACAUUUUACUUCAAGAUAAAGUAGUUCUUCCAACAUUAAUCUACCUUGAAGUCUUUGGACAACAUACAUUCUAUUGCUGAGAAUAUCUUUAAUUUUUGAAAGCCAAAUCAGAUUUCAUAAUAAGAUAGAUUCGCAAAUAUGGGUGUAGCUUCAUUGAGUAAGUUGCGCACUUCCUAUCCCAACAAUGCUGGAUGGACGCUGACAGACUUAUAAGUUCUCUUAAUCUUCAUCACUAUCCUAGCACCACCCAUUGGUGUUUUCGCAGUUGCAGGAUGCGGGCCUGAUCUCUUAAUUAAUAUCUGUUUAACGCUACUUGGGUACAUAUCCUCUCUCCUCCCUUUCAUCGGAAAACUACAUAUUAACACACGAACAGAUACAUACCAGGACAUAUCCAUGCAUUCUACAUCGAAUACGUGUACUAUGAACGACGGGAAGCAGGCAGAGAAGGUAGAUUCCAAGCUGCCCGAGCACCGGGAAUCUACUCCGAUAGAGUACAAGGUGGAGGCUACGGUACGAUCGUUGAACCUACGAAUUAGAUGGGUCAUGUCUGAGUUUCUCUUGUUUUGUAGUCCAUGAAACGACGGUAUAAAUCGGUCGGGAGCUCGAGAGAGGAGAUUGUAAUGAUAUGAUCUUUCGCUAUAUGGAAUAAGGUAGUAAUGUUUGGGUAAUGAAAGUGGGAAAAAAUGGGAUAGGAAUCGGAAGAUCUGCCGGAAGAGGAUCGGAGGGAGGUCUGGAUAAAGUCACGAAUAAUUCUAUGGGAUACCAGUUUAAUUUUUGAGAGCUAUGGAAAGGAUGGGCCGGGUCGGCGAUACCAAUUUGUUCUCUUUUUGUUUCCUUUUUCUGUGUUUGUGGAGUGACCCAUACAUUUCCCAACAAGAGAUACUUUAUAUACAAAACUCUUCAUUCAUAUAUCUUCAGCUUCAGUUCCUUUCCAACAUACAGACAAUAU